AUGCUGGAGCGCGAGCUGCAGGUCACGGGGGCCAAGAGCCUCGCGUACGUCGGCCACUCGCAGGGCACGACGGUGGUGAUGGCUCUGCUGAGCAGCCAGCCGCAGUGGGCGGAGCGCGUGCACCUGGCCGUGCUGCUGGCGCCGGUGGCGUUUGCGACGCACGUCGGCUCCGCGCCCUUGGUGGCGCUGGCAAACUUCAACACCGACCAGGUGUUCACCCUCCUGGGCAUAAGGGAGUUCCUGCCCUCCAGCGAGAUCCUCUCGAGGCUGGACGGCAGCCUGUGCCGCUUCGAGCCGCACCUGUGCGUCAACCUCCUGGCCAUGAUCUGCGGCUACAACGACGCAAAUGUGGACGUCAACCGCCUCCCAGUGUACCUCAACUACACGCCCUCGGGCACCAGCGUCCAGAACAUGGCGCACUGGUGCCAGGCGAUGCGGUCCUCCGACCCGGGGGUGAUGUCGUAUUUUGACUACGGCACCCGCUGCACCACCAUACUGGGCGCGCCGCGCGACUGCAACCAGAAGCGCUACGGCCGCCUGACGGCGCCGCGCUACGACCUCUCGCGCAUCGACACGCCCCUCGCGCUGUUCACGGGCGGCGAGGACCGCCUGGCCGACCCCGCUGAUGUGGCGCUGCUGCUCAGCCGCCUGCCACGCGGCAGGAUCGUCAAGUGGCACAACGACGCCGACUACGAGCACCUGGAUUACAUAUGGGGGGAGAACGCCCACAAGAGGGUGUACGCCCAGGUGCUAGAGCUGCUGGAAGCGCAUAACGGUGACGACGGCGAUGACGCGACACGGGCGGCGGCGGCGGCAAGCGUUUGCUGCGGGGGCGGCCAGGCUCGGGGCCCGCGGCAGUGGUGGGCGGCGGCCCUGCGGGGGGCUGCGCAGUGGUGGGAGCGGCGGGCGCAGCGGUUGCAGUUGUGA